UGCAGCCAUACAGUAGGCGGGCGUGGUGGUGUGCGGGCGUGCGUGUAGCAGGCCCAGAGCGUGGGCAACCCGCCACACACAGUUACCAGAAGAUACCCAGUCUCGCCUCAACUGGGCACCUGGGCACUUGGGGCACUGAGCGCAAGAACCCCCAGAAAACUGAAAGUGAUUUCGUAAGUGAGAAAUGACAAAUUCAGUUAACUGGUGAAAUUCGCAAAUUGUGGUUAAAAAAAAUUGAGAAAGAAAAUCGUCUGGGGGGGAAUAGAGUGAGAAACAAUUAAGAGGAUAUUAGUGAGAGUGAUUGGUGAGAGGUGUGAGGGAGGGGAAUUGCGAGUGUCUCAGCAAAAGGGGAAAGAGAGAGAGGGGAAAGUGAGGUCUCUCGUGAGGGGCAAAUACCCUUUUCCCCCUUUCCCUUAAUGAGCCGGGGUGUGAAGAGCGGUUGUGCUGGUGGGGUUCAGGGCCUCAACGCAACACAGAACCAGAGUGUUGAGUGAUCGCAACACUACUGUCGGCUGUGUAUGGCCCUCGGUGGUGUUCAUACACAAGGGUGUUGAUAAGUAUUACUAGAAUGAGGCCAGUGCUGAACAUACACCUGAACAUACACCUGUUGCAAUAUUUGUGUGCCAGUGCCACGGUGCCCCACAUGUGAACCCUGGCACGCACUCUCUCGUGUGUCUCAGUGUUUGUGGGUUAACGCGCGCUUGGUCAGAGUAUCCACUAUUCUCUGUAAACUGAAACAACCAGAGUAUCCACCUUACUCUGUAAACUUAAACGACCUUAGUAUCUAAUUUUCUCGGCAAAUCAAAUUAACUUGUGAGUGCCGCUUCUCUGCCAGAGUUUGGUCCAGUUCUUGACUGUCUAUUUUACUUCAUCCUUCAUUAUUUUCACUCCUGGCCACAAUGCCUGUCUCUCCAUAUUACGGCCAAAGCGGUUACGUCAACCGUACCUACACCAGGAACACCAGCAGCUAUAUUCCUCUGAUUGACUCCAAGUUCAGCUUCGCAGACACGCGUGGUACAGGAAACUUCCUGGAUGAAAGUCCCGCUAACUACUUUAGAUCCAAGUACAUCAUCCCGGAGGACACGCCGGCUCUCAGCUACCUGGCGCCCACCUACACUCCCGCCUCAAGGAGCGGCUACCAGCUCGCCAAAUACAGCUCAACUGACAAUGUUCCCCAAGUCCGAAGUCCGACAGAGAAUAACAGACUCCACAAGUCCCCGUCUACCUCCAGCUUCUUGGCGGGAAACACAGCCAGUCUUCAGAAGACAUUUUUGCCGCCGCCACACACAAGUUCUUCAACGCUAUACACGGCGUCCAGGCCCAAGUACUCCGACCACAGCCUGAACCUGCCCAAGGUGGCUACGCCAGGCGACUAUACUCCUCCCGUGGAGCGUAAAUACGCAGGGAAGUGUGGCACCCAGUCGAGCUAUGCCAAUCAGUACUUAGCGAGAAUCAACAAAGCGCGGGAUGUUCGGCCGAGGGAGAUUGACACGAGGGACAUAAACACCACCGACAAACCUCAAAAUGCCAAGUGGUACAAGGCCGACGCUGCUCGAGACGAUGUGUGGCACCAACUGUCACAAGAAGUGUGAGAAGCAGAUGCCGAACCUUUGCGGCGUCAACCAGAAACUGCUUGCCGAGGCGCUCUCCUCCGUCAAGAAAGGGGGCAGUGGUGAUGGGACCAGCCGGACCUUGGCGUCCUCCACCAAGACAUGUUCUUCUUCGGUCUCCGGGUCCGAGGCGGAGACCACGGAGGACGAGACGGAGACCACAGACACGGACUCUGGCGACUACUUCGGCCUGCCGGAGAUCCGGCCGCCCCUACAGACCUGCCCCAAGUUUAAGAAGUACACCGUCUCUGACUUUGACUUCAUCAAGGUGCUGGGCAAGGGCAGCUAUGGCAAGGUCAUGCUGGCGCAGCAGAAGGACUCGGAGAACUACUUCGCUGUCAAGUGCUUGAAGAAGGACGUGGUCCUUGAGGACAACGAUGUCGAGUGUACCCUUAUCGAGAGGAAGGUGCUGAGUCUAGGCACCAAGCAUCCCUACCUCUGCCACCUCUUCUGUACCUUCCAGACACCGUCGCACCUGUUCUUCGUGAUGGAGUACCUUACGGGUGGGGACCUGAUGUUCCACAUACAGCACUGUGGGCGCUUCGACGAGUUCAGAGCUUGCUUCUACGCUGCCGAGAUAACAUCAGGGCUCAAGUUCCUUCACAGCAAAGGCAUAAUAUACAGGGACUUGAAGCUGGACAACAUCCUCCUCGAUUACCAGGGACACAUAAGGAUCGCAGACUUCGGCAUGUGUAAACUCCAGGUGUAUCUAGACCGCUACGCCGACACCUUCUGUGGUACACCUGACUACAUGGCGCCAGAGGUGAUCAAGGGUCUCCACUACAACCAGUGUGUGGACUGGUGGAGCUUCGGGGUCCUUCUGUAUGAGAUGUUGACGGGCAAGUCCCCCUUCAAGGGCUGUGACGAGGACCACCUCUUCUGGCUAAUCUGCAAUGACGAGCCCUUCUACCCCAAGUUCCUCUCCAAGGAGGCCACCAACAUUCUCAAGCAGUUGCUGGACAAGGACAGUAGCAAACGUCUGGGGAUCCCCUUCAGCCCGUACGGGGAGAUCAUGGACCAGCCCUUCUUCAAGUACAUUGACUGGAACAAGAUAGAGAGGAAGGAGGUGGAGACGCCCUAUAAGCCCAGACUGCGCCACAUCCUGGACGUGCAGUACUUCGACCCACUCUUCACCAAGCGGCAGGCAGCCAUCACGCCCCUGGACGAGAGUAUCCUGGCGACCAUGGACCAGGCCGCCUUCAGAGACUUCUCCUACACCAACCCCAACAUCACCGACUGAUACCGCUCAUCUCCGAUGGUAUCUCUCUCUCUCCUCAGCAUCCUCAGGAGAUGCUGCGUUCCCUGGCCACGGUGACUCCAUUUGUAUAUAUAAAUAUAUAUAUUUAUAUUUUUUCUAGACACGUAGAUAGAGGGAGUUUUUGAUUCUCUCUCUCUUCUAUUACUUCCAGAUAUUGAGUAAUUUUAUUGAUAUACUUGUAUUGACUGAAAUAUAUAUAUAUAUAUAUAUAUAUAUAUAUAUAUAUAUAUAUAUAUAUAUAUAUAUAUAUAUAUAUAUAUAUAUAUAUAUUGAAUUGUCAAUUGAGCCACAACAAUUGAGCAUGCGAGUGGAGGGUUGAUUUGUUUUCUAGUUAGCUCUUACGUUCGCUUCAAGAGACCUGUGCAUCUGAGAGCACCUAGAGUGCUCAGUCAAGCCCCUACUGGCUGUUGACUGCCUGAGGCAACCUGAGCGAGGCCUGAGCAUAUGUCUCUCUCGUUCAACAAAAAUAAUUUAAAUGCCACAAAAUUGAUCUAAUUGUCGACAUCUAACGACUGAACACACAAACAGGCACAGGACCUAAUUCACAUAUUUACCGCAAAUUGUAGCUAUCGCUGCAAGUGAGUGCGCAAUAUCAAAAUCCCAUAUCUUCUUUGGAAAGAAGGAUUCACUAUCGGAUCCCAUCCAGAAAUCAACCCUCUCGGAGCCUGAGCAACGGGUAAUACAGUUGACAAAAGCAUCUUGACAAAAUACAAUUGACAAAAAUUGACAUACAUCUACUUUAAUGACCGAAGCUGUAGAUCUCAGUGCCCCGUCUCGGACAUAAGACCGACGAUCACACUCCCUUAUUUAGCCCCUUUCAGUCCCGAGAAAUUGGGGGAUUUAAGAAUUCCGGGCGGGAUUGUGAACUGACUCCGCAGGAAAGGUGCGAAUCCGGGAUUGGAAAGUUAGAUGAAGUCUUUGGGUAAGUGGAUGAGGGAGUCCACGAAGGCUCCACCUGCCUCUUUAUUAUGAGGAAUGCUGCAAACUAUCUUUCUUAUCACCUCUUGUUUGUUGCAAGUCAAUAUUGAUCUUAGUAGAGCGUUGUAUUGAUGUGAAUAAUGAGUAGUUUAAAAGGAAGUGAAACAGAAAGCAAAUAUUUUUUAUAUAUAUACUAAUGCAGAUUUUAGGUUUGACUUCAGAGAGAAUAUAUAUACACACGUUCAGGAAGAUCUAUACACGUUCUGGACAGGUCGUAACAAGUCCUGAACGAGUCUUCGACGAUCAACACAGGGUCGUUUAUAUCUUUGGAGAGAUCUUGCACCUUCAAGAUGGCCCUUUCAGUGUUGUACAGUCUUGUAGACAAAAUUUCAGUUGACUUUUCACUUACAAGUCACAAGUAGUUGGCUGAAAAUUUCGGCCUCCGAUUGAACUGGCAUAAAUCAUACUCCAAGUAUGAUACUCUUGGAUAUCAGAGAUUACCUUCCUGUAUGAUUCAUGGUAUUUAAACGGAUGUAGUAGAGUUGCCUGUCCUCCUCCUCCUCCAUAAGUCCUGGGGAUAUACAGCCUUCGGAGACGCUAAAGGGAUCUCACAAGAAACAGAUAAACGCCAGUGUUGAACCGAUAAGGUUAUCAUAGAUUACUUACAGGUGACAGGUAAUCUCCAGACACACAUCAAAAUGUUCCGGGCGGGGACUCGCAAGGGAAUGAAUUAGAUUCAUUCUGGGGGGGCGCGCACCUCAUUCUGGGGGGGCGCGCACCUCAUGGGUAUUCCUCACACCGGAAAACACUCAUAGCUAGAGGAGACCGAAUGUACAUACACUUUGCCUCAUAAUCCGACGUCUGGGUGGCUGGCGGUCUGGUACACCUCAGUACACCCUCACACUCGCCCCCCUCCUCACAACCCGCACGGCUCCUCACCAUCAAUCAAAAUAACAACAAAUCAAUGAGAUAUUUUAGUGUCCCCCCCCCCUCGUCGCCCAUCUUGCUCCACCAGAACUGAUAAUAUAGAAAACGAUGAAUCACAAAACUACAUCUUUUCCCCCUUACAAGUUAUGACUCAGAUCUUAACUACGACAGGCCUAUAUAUAUUUUUGUCUUUAACCCGACCAAGACAGCAGCGGGCUGCCGUGAUCACGAAUUUGUCUUGGUUCUUGAGCCAUACAUAUAUAUAUUUUUUUCGUCCCAGAGUUUUUAGAUUGUAUGAAGACAAUCUUUUUUUUGGGAGGUGAUAUUGUGCAUUCUCCUUCUUCUUCUAGUGAUUUGUGUGUCCUCGAGAGAGACCUGCUUGACUUCUGUGUCGUUAAGCGCUCGAGUGCCACUUGACUUCAUCAUGUAUACAUGUUGUUUAUGUAUUAUACAAUAUAAAUACAUUUUCAUGAAAAU